CCUUCCUCAGCUGGUCGACUCCGUCUCAGGAGGAACUUUACCGCCUUUUAUGAAACUUUGAAAGAGAACCAGAUCACAAACUAUGAUCACCUUCGUGCUUUUGCUGCUCCUUGUUCCAGAUGUGCUGCUCUCUAUGAGGCACGUUGCAGUCAUCUCCCCACAGGAUUCAGUUCUGCAUGUUGGGUCCAGUUUGACAGCCACAUGCACGCUCAGCCCUGAACUCGGCCUUCACUCCCGCUCGUUGCUUUGGACCCUAAACGGGGCGCGUCUGUCCAGCAGCACCUACAGGAUUCUGGCCUCCAACGUCCUGAGCGUGACUCUGCACAGCCUCAACGGCUCCCGGCAGCAGUCAGGGGACAACCUGAUGUGUCUCUCAGCGGACGGACGCGUCCUUGCUGGAUCCUGCCUCUAUGUGGGCGUUCCUCCAGAGAAACCAGUCAAUUUGACAUGUUGGUCCCACAACACCAAGGACUUGACCUGCAAAUGGAACCAGGGUGGGCGGGCAGAAACCCACAUCCAAACCAAAUACACCCUGAAGUACAAACUGAGGUGGCACGAGAGAGAGAAUGAGUGUGACCAUUAUAGCUCAGAGAAGCAGGAUCACUUCUGCUACAUCUCAGAAAACAUCGCCCUCUUCACUCCGUAUCAGAUCUGGGUGGAGGCGACCAAUCAGCUGGGCUCGGCCACCUCUGACAUCAUCUCCUUGGACAUCCUUGACGUCGUGACAACGGACCCUCCUGCCAACGUGCACGUGAGUCGAGUCGGUGACCUGGAGGAUCAGCUGACGGUCCGCUGGACCAGCCUCCCCGAGUUAAGGGACAUAAUGUUUCAGGCCAAAUACCAGAUCCGUUACAGACUGGAGGACAGCUCAGACUGGAAGGUGGUAGAUGAUGUUGGAAAUCUGACAUCGUGUCGGCUGGCAGGGCUCAAGCCUGGGACCGUGUAUUUUGUUCAGGUGAGAUGCAACCCAGUGGGGAUCUUUGGCUCCAGGAAACCUGGCAUCUGGAGUGACUGGAGCCACCCUGCUGCUGCCUCCACACCCAGCGGUGGUGAUCUGCUGCAAAGAGGCUCCUGUGAUCUCAAACCCAGCCAGCAGAACUCCACCCUGCGGAGAGAACUCAAGCAGUUCUUCAGGUGGCUCCGGAAGCAUGCAUACAGCUGCAGCGGCAUGUCCAUCAAACUGUACGAUCAGUGGAGAGUGUUGCUGCAGAAAUCACACAAAUCACGCAUCCGGAUAUCACAAAACAAUAAUUCAUAACAGAUCAUCACUCUGGUGUUCAAAUUCAAGACCAGCAUCAGGACAUGCUGACAGCUGACCCAGAAGGUCCCAGCUUUUGUCUGUCCAGAAUGACUCAGAUUCAAGGUCAGGGUCAUCCUACUGCUGUCAGAGCCGUCCACAGCAAACCGUAUUUAGACUACAAUGGUUUACUAUCACUUGCAGGAAUUUUUUGGGUCAUUUGAAUGAUUUUCUUUGAACGUUAAAAAUCACUAACAUUUUCCUUUGUUGUAGAAAGCUUUGUGAAUUAGCUUCUGUUCAGAGAAACUGUUUAAUUCCUAUAGGAUUGAUGGGCCAACAGCUAGCUUGUGUGCUGAUGCUAUCUUAAAACUGAUUUAAUGGCUAAAACUUUCAGUAUUUCAUGCUAAUUAUUUCAUAAACACGUAAAACUUUUAAACCACAAUCAGCCCUGAAGGACGUAAACUAUUUCUGCAGAAGUUGUUUAAUAUGGUUAUGAUUUUUGAAACUCCUCCAUUAAAACUUGAUUUAAACUGAAGUGUCAUUAAGUAAAUUUCUGAUUUUUUUGGUUUGAUUUUAAAACCAUUUAACAGGUGAGGAAUAACGGACCGCGUGGUGACACUGUUACUUUGCAGCAAGGUUGCAGGUCCGAAUACCACCUGCAGUCUUUCUGUGUGAAGUCAGCAUGUUCUCUCCAUGCAUACAUGUGUAUUUUCUUUGGGUGCUGUGGUUUUCUCCCACAGACCACAAACAUGCAUGUUGGAUUAAUAGGCAACCCUAAAUUGUCCCUAGGUGUGGGUGGGUGUAUGAAUGGUUGUUUGUCUUGUCCCUGUGAUGGACUGGAGACCUGUCCCCUG